CGUACCUAUUUUAGCCGUCAUCCGAUCAGCCGUUUACCUUCUAUAAAAGACACGCAUCCCCCCUGAAAGUAGUUGUCGAUUGCUUUUAGUUGCUAUUAAAGUGUACCCGGCGUCAAACUGUUAGGAGACAUAUAAGCUAACGUUAGCUAGCAAGAGAAAUUAGCUAACGCCGAAAGCUAGAUGUGUCUUUGCUCUUCUCACAAAUGUCACAACAUUAGCGUCCUCUCUAGCUAAGCGUAAAGUAUGUGCUAAUUGUCUUUCCUUUUUCUUAUCACGUCAAGACGUCCAGCCAGUAGCCCGAUAAGUAGUUGUGGUUAACGAGUGUGCUUCACGAUAAGGACUAGUGUUGGCUAAACGUUAGCUUUGUAGCUGUCUCGUACCAUCUCACCAGGACACAUCCGAGAGGAUUUAAUGGUUGAUGUUCGCAGACAGCAUCGACACCACAUUAGUUUAUCGUUACAACGCGUGAGUUCACAGUUGUAUUAAUCGCAGGGACUUUGUACAAACAAGACGAGGAUUGGUUUAUAUUUUAACCCAAAACGGAAAGUGGGAUUAUAGGCCAUCGUGGGAAUGGCAUUGUCUGGUAAAGCAAACUCCCAAAUGAGUGUAGUAUUGAGUCAGAUUUUUGAUAUUUGACAUAUAAGUUUCCAAACAAUAAUAGGUUAUUAUCAGUGAAAACAGGUUCCCAAAAUGAUUUAUCUCCACAGGAUCUCACUAGUGUCUUUGUUGCGUGUCAAGUAGUAACAUAUGAUACUGAAUGUUUUCCAUUCUGCCUGCUUUGCAUUAGGUUAUGGCUUUUAUUUUUUGCAUACAGUUAUUUAUGACACUUGCUGACACAAAGCAUCAUGGUGAUGCAGUGAAUCAUGUGACCAAAAGAGGACAAAUUCCAUUGAAUAGGUUGAAGUCAAGUUCAAAUUGAUCUGCCUUAAUAAUAAAAGCACACUUUUUGAAUCAUUUUACUUCUAUAUAUGUUGCAGUGGGCACAAACACUGAUCUUAAAUCAAAGAUCUAACUAUGACAAAAGCUGGUUCAUGCCUGCUUAGUUGAAUGGAGCUAAAUCACAUAAUUUAGUUGUUUUUAAUUUUUCUCUGGCAGCAGUUAUAAUGCUCUUGUUGCUUUGCCGCACCGCUAGUGAACGUGUUGAGAGGAAAUACUGCCGAUGAAGAAAAUAUGAAACCCCAAGUGUGUCAAUUUGCUUUAUCAGAUUUGAAAGACUCGCUAAACCAGUUGUGACAGGCAUUCUUCCUUUUUAUAUUUGUUCAGUGAAUGCUUAAUAGGAUUUAGGAAACCAAACCUCCAGUACAAGCUUUAAAAAAGACAACAUAUAGUCAUUUUACACAAUAUUUAACUCUGAUUAAGUCAAGUCAAGUGUGUGCUAUGCAGUUUGUGUUUCCUAAUCAUCACACAAGUGUUUCUUUCAAAGCAAGUAACCUGAGAGCCAAAGUUACAGCAUGUUGAUGUCCUGUUGAGAGACCUGUGAGCAGAGUUGUGCCAAGAUUCAAAAGAUUACUGCGUCCAUAGGAGCUCAGCACUUGCUUAGCUUAAUUGUUACACCGAGUUUUAAAGUAGAAUAUCAUCAACACUUAACAGCUGGAGCCUAAAUAAAGGUCACAAAGGAAGAAAUGAAACCAGAGAGAUCGUUUACCUUUUUUCCCCAAAUGCACUGUUGUUCAUUGUUACAUUAUUUAAGAAGCUUAUUUACAGGACAGUCUAAUUCAGAGUUUGGUCAUUCCUGAGACCAACUGCUCGGCUACUUAUAACCACCAAUACAAUGUGGUAUGUACAGUAAUAAUCCGAUGCUAUGGAUGCACUGCUGUGUGUGUGCACAAACAUUUAAAGUUAAAUUCUCAUGGAGUAAUAAACCUGUCCAACAGUCCCAAGUACACAUGCUGAGCCAAAAAAAUUAUUUAAUUACACAGGCUGGGCUGAUAGUUGUAUUAACACCUGUUUGUCUUCCCUCUGCAGAGCACCCAUACAGCCAUCUAAUCGACACGCUGAAAGAUGGCAGCAUCAAGUUCUUCAAUCCACAGAAACUAAAUGAUCCGAGAUACGACAAGCUGCCUCUGUCCAUCCGCGUCUUACUGGAGGCAGCAAUCCGUAACUGUGAUGGCUUCUACACAAAAGAAGACGACGUCCAGAACCUUCUGGAUUGGCAGCAGCAGCAGAAUGAAUCCGAGGUGCCGUUCUCUCCAGCGCGAGUCCUUCUCCAGGACUUCACAGGUAUUCCUGCCAUGGUGGACCUGGCAUCAAUGAGGGACGCUGUGGCCAAACUUGGCGUGGACCCCGGACUAGUCAACCCUAAAUGUCCCACAGACCUCAUCGUAGACCACUCGUUACAGAUUGACUUCAGCAAAUGUGCCAUACAGAAUGCCCCAAACCCAGGUGGAGGGGACGGUCCAAACCAGAGCCAGGGGCCUUCCCGUUCCACCCCCUCCAGGCGAGGCUCACAGUGCGGGAGCCAGCGGGGCUCCUGUAGUAAAGCUUCCUGCAGUGACCCUCCGGCCUCCCCGGGUCGACCUUCUGUCCAGCAGAUUGAGAACACGCCUCUCCUCUGCCCUUUCCACCUGCAGCCUGUGUCUGAACCUGAAACCGCUCUGAAGAAUCAGGAACUGGAACUCAGCAGAAACAAAGAGAGGCUUCAGUUCUUUAAGUGGUGUUCGAAAGCGUUUAAGAAUGUGAACGUGGUCCCUCCGGACGUUGGCGCAGUCCACCAGGUGAAUCUGGAGUACCUGUCCAGAGUGAUCCAGGUCACCGACGGGUUCGUCUACCCCGACAGUGUGGUGGGAACCGACUCGCACACCACCAUGAUCAACGGCCUGGGCAUCCUGGGCUGGGGUGUUGGGGGAAUUGAGUCUGAAGCGGUGAUGCUGGGCCAGCCAGUGUCUCUGACCCUUCCUCAGGUGGUGGGCUGUAAACUGGUGGGCUCCAUCAACCCUCUGACCACCUCCAUAGACAUCGUCCUCGGCAUCACAAAGCACUUGCGGCAAGCUGCGAUCGCUGGAAAGUUUGUGGAGUUUUUUGGACCGGGUGUCUCCCAGCUGUCGGCUCCUGACCGGACCACCAUCGCCAACAUGUGCCCAGAGUACAACGCUACUGUCAGCUUCUUCCCAGUCGACCAUGUCACCCUCCAGCACUUUAAAAAGACAAGUUUUACCCAGGAAAAACUUGACUUACUGGAGUCUUACAUGAAGGCUGUGAAACUGUUCCGAAACUAUGAAGAACCCUCAGAAGACCCUCAGUACUCUGAGGUGAUUGAGAUCAACCUGACUUCUAUAGUGCCGCAUGUGAGUGGACCGAAGAGGCCUCAGGACCGAGUGGCAGUCAGCAGCAUGAAAGAAGACUUCCAGAGUUGUCUUGAUGAGAAGGUCGGCUUCAAAGGCUUCCACAUCUCUAAGGAGAAGCAGGACACGUGCGUUCCUUUCCUGCACGGUGGUCAGGAGUACCAGCUGGCCCACGGCGCGCUGGUCAUCGCUGCUGUUAUCAGCUGCACCAACAACUGCAACCCGUCCGUCAUGCUGACCGCAGGUCUGCUGGCCAAAAAGGCUGUGGAGGCGGGCCUUGUUGUCAAGCCUUACAUUCGGACCAGCUUGGCUCCUGGAAGUGGCAUGGUCACGCACUACCUCAAUACCAGCGGAGUCCUGCCUUACUUUAGCCAGCUGGGGUUUGAGGUGAUCGGCUACGGCUGUGCCACCUGUGUGGGGAACACGGCUCCGUUACCCGACGCUGUCGUGGAUGCGAUCAAACAGGGGGACCUGGUGGCCUGCGGUGUGCUAUCUGGAAACAGGCACUUUGAAGGGCGCCUGUGUAACUGCGUGCGGGCCAACUACCUGGCCUCCCCUCCCCUGGUGGUGGCCUACGCUCUUGCGGGGACUGUGGGAAUCGACUUUGAGAAAGAGCCUCUGGGUGUGACGUCGGAGGGGAAGGAGGUGUAUCUCUGUGAUAUCUGGCCGUCCAGGGAGGAGGUCCAACAGACUGAGGAGGACACAGUCAUCUGCUCCAUUUUUAAGGAUCUCAGGGGAAGGAUGGAGAAAGGGAACACGCUUUGGAACAACAUUGAAUGUCCAGAUUCUGUGGUUUUCCCCUGGGAUCACAAGUCCACAUAUAUCCGUUCGCCGUCUUUCUUCAGCAAGUUGAGUAAAGAGGUGCCGCCUCCUCAGUCCAUAGAGAACGCUCAUGUCUUGCUGUUCCUCGGGAACAAAGUGACGACGGACCACAUCUCACCGGCGGGCAGCAUUGCCCGGGUCAGCGCCGCCGCCAAGUACCUGCUGAGCAAACGCCUGACGCCGCGGGAGUUUAACUCGUACGGCGCUCGCAGAGGGAACGACGCCGUGAUGACCAGAGGCACGUUCGCCAGCAUCAAGCUCCAAAAUCGCUUCAUCGGCAAACCGGGCCCGAAGACUUUGCACAUUCCUUCAGGCCAGACGCUGGAUGUGUUCGAGGCAGCUGAUCGCUAUCAGAGAGACGGCGUUCCCCUCAUCAUCCUGGCAGGCCAAGACUACGGCUCUGGAAACUCCAGGGACUGGGUAGCCAAAGGACCGUACCUGCUGGGGGUGCGCGCGGUCAUCGCCGAGAGCUUUGAGAAGCUGCACAAGAACCAGCUGGUGGGAAUGGGCAUCAUGCCGCUCCAGUUCCUGCCUGGCGACAGCGCAGACUCGCUGGAGCUCAGCGGGAAGGAGAGGUUCACCAUCGCCCAGCCGGACAGCCUGAGUCCGAGGCAGCAGCUCACAGUCAAGACCAGCCAAGGAAAGUCCUUCUCCGUCACCGCACUGUUUGACACGGAGAUGGACGUUAUCUUUUUCCGUCACGGAGGUCAUCUCAGAUAUGUUGCUCGGACUUUGCUCUGAAACCGCCUGCAGCCCGGUCCCCGAGCCCCACUAAAGGUGCCCAGCGGUCUCUUCAUCAAUUCCCCAGUUUGUCUUCAGGACGGAGGACAAGCGGCUCAUCGGAGCGGCAUUGAGCCCGAUGAUUUGUCCGUUUUCGAGCUGGAUGAACCUCCCCAGACUUUUGGAGUCAUGAGACGUCACGUUUUAGACCUGAGCUGCUUCUUCAUCACUACGCACGCCUGCAGCGUCUCUCCUCACAAGAAGAAGACGAUGUGGUGACAUUCUCUCAAUCAGGAGAUUGAACCCAGGACGACAUUUGAACAUCCUUUUUUUAAUUAUUUUUAUUGUGUGUGAGACCGGAUUUGCUGCGUACUGAGGGGACAUUUCUUAAGGAGUUGAGCCACGAAGAAAUGACUCGUGUCUGCUUCUGUUGUCAUUUAACAAAAUAACAAUAAACAAUGCUGCUGACAUGGUGCUAGGUACUACGGCAUGAAUACUUUGUUUUUUAGGGCGGGGCCUGUUUUUACCAACAUCCAAGCAACGUCUAAUCUUUGCAGAAUUGACACCCUUGAAUCUCCCAAAUAGCUUUUACUUGCGUGUCGCCAGUGAACGUGUCCAGUUGAAUCUCUUCCUGAGACUGACGACCUGCAUUAUUAGCACAUGUAUUUAUUUAAAGGUGAACUCCACAGAUUCUACACACCAAAGUCUCUUCACAGGCCUUGGAGAGAAAACAGUUGUUUAAAUACUUGCGCCUAAUGUUCACCCUACGAGCGACAAAGCAACACAACAAAAAGUAUUGUUAGUUAAAGUAUGGACAGCUACUUUGUCGCUGCUGAAGUGUUGCUCAAGCGCUCGUUGUGUAGUUAUGUCGUUUAAUAUCGCAGCAAACUGACAAACGACGAGACAUUUUCCGUUUAUUAGACGGAAUGGAUUUGUGGCGGGAGAGAGAAGGUGACCGUGAAACACAAAGCAGCUCAACUUUGAGUAGUUGUGCCUCACGCCGCAUCGAGUGUCAGUUUGACCCAAAUGUCCAUCUGAACAGCUGGCUCCUGAGUUGCAUUGUGGGUAAUGUUGGUGCCAGGUUUUGAGAAGAAGGAAGAAUGUGUGGAGUAAAGUAAGAAAGCGAAUGACUUUAUUUCCCAAAAUUCUUAGUUUUUUUAAUACAAAUUCUCACUUUUAACAUCUGGAUCCAUUUCUGGUAACGUGUCCCGUCGUGACUCGGCGCGAUGUCGAGUUAAAAGCUGCAUGAAAGGGACAAGUGUGAUGAUAUCGCUUCAUAUCUUCGGUGCUUCUCACUUUGACUUCUGUCAGACUAAUUGAAUAUAACUAAAGCUCCUUGCAUGAGGAGGUCAUCAAAUCAAUUGUAGUGAAUAAUGACGGAUAAUAAAUGCUCAUUUUCCAGCUAAUAUCGCAGUUUGAAUUGAAUUCUAAGUGACUGGAUGGAGAGCAGCCCGGCCUGUAGUACAGGUAUUCUUAAGUUCUAUAAUUCAUCCCAUGUGCUGAGGUAUUGGACUGUUUUUCUGUUCGCUCUGUAUCAUGUUCUGCAUGUUCGAGUCAUUUUGACACAGUAAAGAGUAUUUGUUAGCUAAUGGCACUUUCUAAAAGGCAUCCCUUCAUUGUAUCAUGGCACAUUAUUUAGAAUAUAGAAUGGAGCCUUUAUGCUUUUAUAUGUUUUUAGGGAGCGUGGUAUAAUACUGGCUGUGCUUCAGAGACGUUAUUUAUUAUGUAAUUCAUUGAAACCAUAUACUGCCUGAACCUGUUUCUUUGUUUGUCGUUUUAAAAGUGAUGGAAGACGUUUAGUCAACUGCCAAAACAAGUAGCGAGCUGUCACGAGUCAUCGUUUCUACACUGCUUCAUAUUACAUGUAGGUUUGAAGUUCCUCCGCCCAUCUUCACUGUUUGCCUUCCUAGUGUGAGGUUGGGUUUUAAUUAGUGAUACCUGGAUGCAGCACAGUGUGAAAGCUUUACCUGUAGCGGCAUGUGUAGCAGUUAAUUGGUCCAAUGCUGCCGUUUCCCACAAUCUCAGUUUAGGGAAGCAAAGUGUGUUGCUGCACAUGUGAAAAGGUGUCUGUGUGUAACUCUGACUCAUAUUGUAAAUAGUUUUUAAUAAAUGGUAAGGAAACGCUG